CAAAAACACUAGCCACAGAAUCAUCUUAUCUGGUGUUAUUUAAUUCUUUCUGUUGAAUAUCUAUUAUUUUAUUUCAGUUCAGAAACAUGUUGGUUUACAAUUAAAACAACCAGCAGACAUCUGGGGAGAUUCUUUUCUUUUUUUCUUUUUUUUCUAUUUCUAGAAAAAAAGAUUCCAUUAUUAUGGUUCUUGUUUGCACAAGUUAAAGAUCUCUAGUUCCCCUCAUGAAGAUUAUUACUGGCCAGAUGAUCAUGUGUUUAAAUGUUAUUCUGAACUGAUAUGGGGUUGGUACUAGUAGUGACUACAUGCUCUAGAGCUGAAAUUUAUAUUGAUUUUUAUGGAUCAAUUGGUGGAUGAUAUGGAUAACUCAUCUGAUCAUGAUCAUGAUCAUGAGAAUACAGUAGUUGGUUCAUUAGAGAGUAAAGAUGUUAGUUUACGACAGUGGUUAGACAACGCGAACCGAGUGGUUGAUGCGCUAGAAUGCUUACAUAUAUUUAUGCAAAUAGCGAAAAUUGUGAACUCAGCACAUAGCCAAGGGGUUGUUCUUCACAACAAUCGGCCUUCGUGCUUUGUUAUGUCGUCGUUUAAUCAUGUAUCGUUUAUAGAGUCCGCGUCUUGCUCCGAUUCGGGCUCAGAUUCUUAUCAGGAUGUUACAUCCUCAAAUAUUUCUCAUAAUAAAGUGUCGGAAAUCGAUUGGGGUGAAUCUAAUGGUAAACAAACAGAAGAGAAAGAAGAUAGGUUUCCUAUGAAAAAGAUAUUACAAAUGGAAACAAAUUGGUAUACAAGCCCUGAGGAAGCUGCUGAUGGUCCGAGCUCUUGUGCUUCCGAUGUUUAUCGAUUAGGGAUUCUUCUGUUUGAGUUAUAUUACCCUUGUAGUUCGCCAGAAGAAAAGAACUCCAACAUGUCUGUCGUUAAACAUCGUAUGUUACCUCCACAAUUUCAUUUGAAGUGGCCAAAGGAAGCCUUCUUUUCGAUGCGUUUACUGCAUCCCGACCCUGCUAGCAGGCCCAAAAUAGAUGAAGUGUUACAAAGCGAGUUUCUUAACGGGCUUAGAGAAAAACUAGACGAACGUGAAGCUGCAAUAGAGCUCGAAGAAAAGAUUGUCGAGCAAGAAAUGUUGCUCGACUUUCUUGUAACGCUGCAACAACGAAAACAAGAAGCUGCAGAUUACUUGCAGAAAGAUUUCUCAAUUCUGUCGUCUGAUCUGCAACAAGUUACAAAACUUCAAGCGUCAGUUAGAAGAAAAGGAGACUCUAAUUCGAUGAACAGUUCAAAACCUGAUGACUUUGCAAGCUCGGGGUCCAGAAAACGUAUUAGAACACCGAAAGAAAAUCAAGAAAGUUCUAGAUUGGCGAAAAACUUCAAGAAGCUAGAAUCAGCUUACUUUUUAACUAGAAAUAGAGCGGUAAAUAGCGGGUGGAUGAAUCCGUUUAUGGAGGGACUGUCGAAAUACAUGUCGUCGAGUAAAUUAAAAGUCAAAGCUGACUUGAAACUAGGUGAUCUUUUGAAUUCUUCAAGCCUUGUAUGCUCCUUGAGUUUUGAUCGCGACGGGGAGUUUUUCGCAACGGCGGGUGUUAAUAAAAAGAUUAAAGUUUUCGAAUAUGAAUCGAUCUUGAACGAGAAUCGAGACAUCCACUUUCCUAUUGUUGAAAUCCCGACAAGAUCAAAGUUAAGCAGUAUUUGUUGGAAUCGCUACAUUAAAAGCCAGUGUGCUUCAAGUAAUUUCGAAGGUGUCGUGCAGGUGUGGGAUGUUACGCAAGGUCAAGUAGCUGCGGAAAUGAGAGAGCACCAGAGACGCGCGUGGUCUGUUGACUUCUCAGCCGAUCCAAAAUUGCUGGCCAGUGGGAGUGAUGACGGUUCGGUUAAGCUCUGGAAUAUUAAUCAGGGAGCGAGUAUUGGUACCAUUAAAACAAAGGCGAAUGUGUGCUGUGUUCAGUUUCCUUGUGAAUCUAGUAAUUUUCUUGCAUUUGGUUCUGCAGAUCAUAGAGUAUAUUACCAUGAUUUACGCAAUUUAAGUAUGCCACUCUACACAUUGGUUGGACAUAAGAGAACCGUUAGUUACAUCAAGUUUAUAGAUUCAAAAACUAUUGUAUCAUCAUCUACCGAUAACACACUCAAGCUUUGGGAUUUAUCCGACACCGCAUCUCAAGUGAUUGACCGCCCGAUUCAGUCAUUCUCUGGCCAUGUCAAUGUAAAGAAUUUUGUUGGCCUAUCAGUAUCAGGCGGCUACAUCGCUACUGGUUCAGAAACAAACGAGGUUUUCAUCUACCACAAAGGCUUCCCUAUGCCUGCAAUGUCAUAUAAAUUCAACACCACCGAUCCGAUAUCAGGAAAUGAAGUGGAAGACAACGAACAAUUCAUUUCAUCCGUCUGUUGGCGCCCUCAAUCGUCCACUUUGGUUGCCGCAAAUUCUAUGGGUAAUAUUAAGGUUCUGGAGGUGGUUUAAAUUUUUGGGAUUAGAGUGUAUGCAGAGGUUUUUUUCUGUUUAAAACUUAGUACAGAAAAGGUGUAUAAGUUUUAUAAUUUUUGCAGUUCAGAUUAUUAUUGUGACUUCAAUCUCGAACCGGAACAAUGUACAUCUCUUGUUGCAUGAUGUAUAAGUCAUGAAAUAACACAAAUUUAAGAUA